UAGGCUAAGUUAGUAGUGCUAGUACAAACAGAGAAUAGUAAAGAGUGGUUCCUGUUAUUGUUGGAAAACGUAGUGUUGCUUGUUUUGUAACCGUGAAAGACCAAUCCGAAUCAAACCAAACGGUUGUCUGGCUGCUGCUUGAUUGUGAGUGGUUGAGUUUUUGAGUUGAGUCGGUUUACGGUUAUCUAGCUAGUGAUGCUGCGGCGUGUUGUAGGGGUUGGGUUUAGUUAGGGACGUUAGGGUGUUUUCAUUUUGACUUUAAAGGCUAGGAAGUGUAAAUUCUUCACUUUAUUAGUGACCAUGACAAACAGAUGGAUCAUAGUGUUGUGCUUUACAUUUAGGAUGUUGGAAGUUCUCACAGAGUCAGUGUUGGUGCACAAUAACAAAGGGACCCCUGCUGCUGAGUUCUCCAGAGUGUCGACUGUCCGGCCCAGACUGAUACAUUACCGAGAGAAGCGGCACAUAUCCACAACAAGAACAGACAAGAAUGGAGUGGAGCAUCUUCAUGAUGUGACUGUGGCUCUAGACAUGAAUGGAAGGGACCAACUGCUAGAUCUUAGACUCAAUAGAGAGUUAAUACCCAAAGGAUAUUUUGAAAAACACCAAAAGGAUGGUUUAUAUGUAGUCAGGAGACCCAACCAUCAGGAGGUGGAGCUGUGUCACUACCAGGGCAGACUGAGGGGAGUGCCAGACUCCUGGGCAGCAGUGUCCACCUGUCAGGGACUCAGAGGUGUGGUGUAUGAUGGUGACCAACUUCACUACCUGGAGAGAGCCACAGACAGCCCUGACGUCCAUGACACUGACCACUACCUCUACUCUCACAUCAAUCUAGUCGCCAACCAUACUUGUGGUUAUCAGGGGACUGAUCAUAGUCAUAUCAAUGAUUUUCACCAUCUCAAUAGGAUAGGUAAACGGUUCAAGAGGUCAGAAGAGGUGAUCCGAGGACCAUACAACGCCAACGCUAGGUCGAGCUAUGUGGAGCUGGUGUUGGUGAUGGACAACAAAGAGUACAAGGCACUGGGAGAGAACAUGGACAAGGUGAACAACCACUGCAAGGACAUAGCCAACAUCAUCAAUGCUCUGUACGUGCCUUUGAACAUCUUUAUUGCUCUGGUGGGUGUAGUUGUGUGGACGGAGUAUGACGAGAUUGCUCUCUCUGCCAACGGAGACACAACUCUGACCAACUUCUUGCACUACCGUCGCGAGAAACUGGUUAAAGAACAUCCUAACGACAAUGCUCAGCUGUUAACGAGGAUCCAGUUUGAGGGUGGAGUAGUGGGGAAGGCUUUGAAAGGUCCGAUCUGCACGUUUGAGUUCUCAGGAGGAGUCAGUAUGGACCACAGUGCUGUGGUGGGACUAGUGGCUACUACAGUGGCUCACGAGAUGGGACAUAACUUUGGUAUGGAGCAUGACUCCAGCGACUGCCAGUGUCCUGACGACCGUUGCAUCAUGGCUCCCUCCUCCAGCUCUAUGAGUCCCACCCACUGGAGCUCAUGCAGUCUCGAGUACCUGGCUCUGGCCUUUGAGCAUGGAAUGGACUACUGCCUUCGCAACAAACCAACCAAGUUGUUUGACAGUCCAGUCUGUGGCAAUGGGUUUGUGGAGGCCGGGGAGCAAUGUGACUGUGGCCUCAAGGACCAUUGUGACAACCCUUGCUGUAACCCCAACACUUGUAUGCUCUUCAGCAAUGCCUCCUGUGCCACUGGCGAGUGCUGUGACCUCAAGACAUGCAGACCCAAAACUAUAGGUACACUGUGUAGAGAGGCUGACCAAGAGUGUGACUUGGCUGAAUACUGCACUGGACAAUCAGAGUACUGUCCUGAAGAUGUCUUCAAGAUGGACGGCAUCAAAUGUAACAAGGGCAAGGCGUACUGCUACAAGGGGUCAUGCCGUACACAUUCAGACCAGUGCAAGCUGUUGUGGGGGCCUUCAGGCAAGAGCUCAGACACUCAGUGUUACAAAAUGAACAAAAAGGGCAGUAGACACGGCAAUUGUGGCUACAACCGUCUCAACCAGUCCUACAUCAAGUGCCAGGAACAGGAUCUGCAGUGUGGCAUGCUACACUGUACUCAUCUCAAUGAGCGGUUGGAGUUUGGCAUGGAGUCUGUAGCAAUCUUGUCUCACUCCUUCAUCAAUUCCCAGGGCAGCAUCAUCCCCUGUCGCACGGCCCUAGUAGACCUUGGGCUCAACGAGGUAGACCCUGGUCUGGCCCCUGACGGCGCCCGCUGCGGUGAGGGCAAGAUGUGUGUGAACCAGAAGUGUAUGGAAGUGAAGGACAUGUUGGCGAGUGGCAGUGUGGCACAAUGUCCUAACAACUGCAACAACAACGGAGUGUGCAACAGCCGAGGACACUGCCACUGCAACAUGGGAUUUGCCCCGCCAAAUUGUGACUACCCCGGCCCUGGCGGCUCCCAGGACAGUGGCCCUGCCUCCGACCCUAAUGCCAGGAGAGAGUUCAUCAUAUUUCUGUAUGUGACAUUCCUGGGCAUCGUACCGUUCAUAGCUGUGGUCUCACUGUUCGUCUACUACAUGAAACGCAAUCCAACAUUCUGGCGCAAGAAGCCGAGGAUAGCAAUCAUUGACAAGAAGAUGGCAUCGCCAGGGGGACGGACGUUGCCUCGCGGUUCAGUGCCAAUGGUACCAGACACUUCUCGGGCAUCAUUGUUGCCAUCAGCUGACAACAGCAGCACCAACCCCGCCAACUUUGACUCCAACCUCUUGCAAAACAAUCUGGUCGGGCAGUAUAAAGGUUUCAGCAUCACCCCUCUGCCGAAAACAACGGCAAAUGUUACCCCUACUCGGCAAGCCCCUGCUGUAGCUCCGGCUCACAAAGUAUCUCCUCCCAAAGUACCAGACAAUGUGGUUAGUCAACACAUCAUACCUUAUCCAGUUCGCCCAGCACCCAAAGUUCCACCUACCUCUGUCGGUCUCACAAUUGACAGCGAGAAUUUAAGUAAACAUCAACUUCCCCCAGAUAACCCUCCCCCUCCACGACCUAACAUAAGUUCUCCUGUAUUGGAUGCAACAACAUCGUUCGCAGCUAAAGAGUUAAUUAGCAAUACGGUGGUUCCUCUAAGACCAGCUCCUCCAACUCCCAACCAUGACAAGCCCAGGACUGCCAGACCUUUGUCUUCACCUGUCCAUGAUGUUACUUUGGAAGCAAAAAUUGUUAAACCGAAAGAUUCUGGUUACCCUACACUGACGAGAAUCGCCUCUUUUAUGAGUAGAAACCAGAAAGGAGCUCAAGAAAUUAAGAAAGACCUUCCAGUUAAAGGAGCAAAAAUUGAUAAGGAAUCCUUAAAAAACAUAGAAAUUUCAAACCCAAUCUUACAAAAAGAAAUAGCAGUUCCAGCUAGCUCUUUACCUGCAGGGGAGAAGGCUGUAGUAAUGAGAGCUCAGAGUUUGAGAACUGUUCCUGAUAAAAAACCUGCUAUUGCCAGUUUUGGCUCCAUGAGAGUCCCAGCUAACAAGAGACCCACGAGCAUUCCUGCAGCAAACCGACCCUCUUCCCCUCCACCGCCACGGCCUCCUUCUUUUGGCAUUCCUGGAUAUCAAAAUCCUAGUAAAAUGGACACUUAUGACGACUGUCUCAACUUGCUCACUGAAGGAGUUGCCCCUUUAGCUAACAUAGAUGAGGAGAGUCCGAGUGCUACUGAUAACAUCUAUGCUGUUAUAGAAGAGAGUCCAACUGAUAGAAGAGAAAGGAAAGAAAUUGUAUUGCCAAGGAAGUUGGAAUACACCUCACCGACCGGUGAAUACAAGUCACCUAAGCCGAUGGAAAAUAGUGUUUCAGCUGGCAGUGCGGAGAGCAUGGGACUCUUAGGUGAAAUUGUUAGUGAAAUCCAAGCCAGAAACACUGAGUCUAUAUAUUCAACAUCCACUUUGAACCGGAAGAAGGAAAAAGAUGGCGAUGAGACAGCAUCUACUGUUACUGAUUCAAGCUCUGAAAUUGAUAAAAAUCAAACUUACGUGAACACACCUUGGAAUGGAGGCUAUACCAAUAUUACAACCCCGCCCAAGUCAAGUGCCAGUUCCACUACUUCCAGCUCCGGCUAUUUAAGUCCUAUUAAUCACAAUAUCAGCAACAAGACUAGUGCUUUUGGCAAUAGUGAAUCAUUUGAGGUUCCAGAAAGUAAAGCUCCUUAUAAACCAUACAUUCGGCGAAACUUGGGUCCUUUAGCAUCAGCCAGUUUAGCUGGAAAGACAAUUCCCAGACAAACUGAUUCGACAAGAAGUACAGCUGUAACAGAGGAUAAAAACAGUUCCAUUAAAACUAGUCCAUUUGUUAAAAAAAAUUCUCUAAAUAAUAGUAUAAACAAUAGAUCAUCUAAUUCUAGAACAGUAGUUAGAACAAAUUCUGAUGGACUAUCUUCAAUGAAGCCAGAUAUAGUUUCAAGUUGUAGUCCUUCAGGAGUAAAAUCUCCUGAUGUAAUAGGUAACAAAGCUCAAUCUACAAGUCUUGCUGGUUUUACUUCUAAACCGACUCCAGGUAAAUCAGGGUCUUCAUUCAGAGGUCGUCAACCUUUACCAGCUCCUAAACCUGUGAUUCCAACUACCAAAGCUUCCAUCACAUCUCAACCGUUGCCAGCGAUCCCAACAGUUCAGAAGACAAAACCUACUGAAUCAAGAGCAUUUGGCAGCAAGAGUGAUGCUAAUGAUAAUGAAACGAACAAAUCUGUUCCCGCAAACAAACAAUCCAGUGUAGUAGCUUCUCUACAACAAAAGUUUGAGACAAACAAGCAACCAAGAUCACAAUCUAUGCUCAAAAACUCAGUUGCAAAAAACUCACUAAAUAAUUUCAAGACAAACAAUGUCAGGAGAUGAGAAAGAGAUGUCAUAUAAAACUAGUUAAUAUGGUUAAAUAAUGAAAUCACCCGCUUUUCUUUGCCUUAAUGAUCAACAAGCUCAUACAAAUCUUCUUUAAUUGUACAAUGCAUUUAUUACCAUUCAGAGUAUUUUUCUGUCUGCUUCUGUAAAUAUUCGCUUGUUUGUACAAUAUUAAUGUACUAUUAAGUUUUGUAGCUAUUGUUUAUAUGCAUUAUUUAUGCCAAUUUUUAAAUGUAUUGAUGGAAGAUUUUAAACUUCAGUACUUUAAACUUAGCUUUUUGCUUUUGAGCGGUUUUCCAAUCUCUCGUUAUAUACUCAUCUUCAAAUGUUUGCCUAUCCGCUAUUGAUUAAGAAUUUGGCGCAACUUAAAUAUUUUAGUUUUAUACUAGGUAAUUGUUUUUAAUGCUCAUUUUAUAUGAUGGAGAUGGUCACUUUGCUGUUGUGAACUUGUAACUCCUUGUGGUGCUUUCAGUGUAAAAAUGUAUGUUCAACGAUUUUAAUCAAUUGUACAUUUUUGUAAAUAGUUAAGUACAUUUUGUUCAUUUAGAUUUUUUAUUUUUUUAAGUCAUAGUAUAAGGAUUUUGUGAUAGAUGUUAGUUUAUUUUAUUACGUUAUGAAUUAUUUUAUAAACUAAAUUGGUUCUAUCACGCCCAGGCCAACUCAUAAUUGUUUAACUCAGAUAUUAAAAUACCAAUUUACAAAACCCAUCAAUCCGAUCAUUAACUGAAUUUAGUUUUCUCUGUUGUCUGUGCUUGGCUACAUUUGACUUGAUAUUGCAGUAUGCCAUUGCAAUGUUAUUGUCAGUUUUUAAUUUUACACAAGUUAAAUUUGGAUUCGCACCUGUAUUGUAUAUAAUUAUGAUGGUCUUAAUGCAUUACUGACAUCCAAUAAACAUCCCUCCUCAACAAAUAUGGGUGAAGUUUGUGUAUCUACUGUAUACAUAUCACAUUCUUUAGGUAAUAUUUUGUCUGAAAAGAUAUGUGGACAAGUUUUACCUGUAAAUAUCCGUAAUGAAAUGCAACUAAAAUCUUUAUUUUACAAUAAUGUAAAGACCACUUUAGACGUAUCCAUAAACAUUAGGCUCCUAAUGAAUGCUACUUUGUUUACAAAAAUCAAUUGCUGGAAAUUGAAAUAAAUUGACUUCCUUGUAGGGAUGGACGAGAUUGGA